CGGGCGCCGCCGUUUAGUACACUCGCAACCGGUGACGGAGGCACGCGUCAACGCGUUCGAUAACAAAUUGCGGACAUCAAUAAAUAAAUAAAAAAAAACUUUAACACAAAUGUGCCAAAGGAAUUUUAUUCCAGUUUUAAAAACUUCACGUGUUUAAAAAAGUACUAAAAGCGCGCGAGUGUGUGUUGGACGCGUUCGUAUGGAUGUUAACUAGCCGGCAAUACGGAGCAUUCCAAAUAAUUCGUAUUGGUCAAGGUCCGUAUACAGAUUGGCGUAUAUUGGUGUGAAAUUGUGCGGUUUCGUAUCCUGAUUCACGUGUUCCAUAGGAUUGAAACACGAUGAAGCAACGAGUGGCGACGGAUGAGCGACCCUUUAAAACGGGAUCCACUGAUGAAACUCCCAGUGAAGAGGAGCCGGCAGCAGCUUUGGUCGUACCUCCAGAUGGCGGCUGGGGAUGGGUGGUCAUGAUUGCAUCCUUCUGCUGCAAUUUCAUGGUGGAUGGUGUUAUCUUGUCCAACGGAGCCAUACUUCCGGCCAUUAGAAAAGAAUUUAAUGCGACUGAAAUUGAAGUGGCUCCGAUCAACUCCUUGCUUGCUGGAUUCUACCUUCUUCUUGGACCUAUUGCCUCGGCCUUAGCAAACAAAUACGGAUUCCGAAAGGUGACUAUCCUGGGGAGUUUGAUCUCCGCAGCUGGCUUCGCUAUCUCCUACUACGCCACGAGUCCCCAAUUUCUAUACGUUUCUUAUGGAGUAAUCGGAGGAUUUGGAGUUUGUCUGAUAUUCAUGCCCGCUGUGCUGACCGUCGGAUUCUACUUCGAGAAAUGGAGGGCCCUCGCCACAGGAAUAGCUCUAUGCGGCUCAGGAGUUGGAGUCUUUGUCAUGUCACCCAUCACCAAGUCACUUGUUGAUAAUUAUGGUUGGAGGAUGACCAUCUUCAGUCAGUCCGGUAUGAUGUUGCUGUGCAUCCUUUUCGGAUUAACCUUCAAACCAAUUGAACCAGUACAUGUUGUAGUAGAAGAAGAAGCCGCCACAACUGAAGAAGAUGAAGCGGAACGUAAUAAAUUAGCGGCAGAGAAGCUUAAAAAUAUGAUGAAACUUGAAAGCAGACUCGACUCCCGUAUAAGGAUGCCACAUGACAUGAAAUUCGCAACCAAAUCCAGCCCUCACACUUGGAUGGGCGUUUCUAAUAACACACGUUACCCCACAGCUGAAGAAGUCUUCCGUGGAAGCAGUACUUACAUAAAUGGUCAGCGACGAUCUUCCGCUACUGCAGGAACGAUUAAAAGUAAUCUGGGAGCUAAACCCGUUUACGCCACGGUCAGCGAAAAAGACGAACAAGAAGACUCCAACGCUACUCCUGAGCAGGCAACUCAACCUUUGAUUGGAUCAGUACUCCGAGUCAUGUCUCGCACCGAUUUCAGUCAACAACGCCGUUCAACAGCUGACUUGGUUACCAGACCCCUGUACCGUGAGGACAUCUUCUUCGGAGCUAGUUUGGCCAGACUUCCUCAAUACACGUCACGAACAUCUCUUGGGUACCAUUUGGCUGUAACACACGUACCGUCACCUGAGGACGAAAAGGAAGAAGAAACAAAGAAAUGCCGAAUUUGCCCAGUAGCCGUGCGAAGAGCCUUAGCCACCCUUUUGGACGUAAGCCUAUUCAAGUCUGUAACUUUCGUGAUUCUGGCUCUCAGUGGUUUCUUCACAAUGACUGGUUUCUUUGUGCCCUUCGUGUACGUGCAAAACAGAGCGCGUGAAAAUGAUGUACCACCCGAGGCUGUUGAAUGGUUGGUGUCUUCGAUUGGAGUAGCAAAUAUUGUUGGACGAUUGCUCUGUGGACUGGUGUCAUCCAUGCCGAAGGUGUCCCCGUUGUUGGUAACCAACAUUGCUCUCACCAUGGGCGGUCUCGCUACUAUGCUGAGUAACUUGUGCUUCGAUACCUACUUCCAGUACGGAUACUGCGUCAUAUUCGGCCUUUCUGUGGCUUGCUUCGCUGCCCUGCGUUCCAUCGUCGUUGUCGAAUUCCUUGGACUCGAAAGAUUGACCAACUGCUUUGGCCUGUUCCUCCUCUUCCAAGGAAUUGGUGCUUUAAUAGGUUCACCUAUUGCUGGAAUGCUGUACGAUGCCACAAAGAGCUACGCUAUAUCAUUCCACGUAUCUGGGGCAUUUAUACUCCUAUCAGCAGUUAUGUGCUAUCCUAUCAAUAGGAUUAGCAAGUGGGAGAAGAAACGCGCCGAAGAGAAUGAGAAGUUGAAGAGCACUGUCCCGACAAGUUUGGUCGACAAAGUAUAACCGAAGAGACACAUUGUUGCGGACAACACAUUGUUGCCAAAUGGACUCUAUUGAAAAAUAGUUCAAGCAGUUUGGUAGCUGCCGGAUGAGUGUGUAAACGAAGCAUAGGUAGCUGGCAUUCAAAUGUACCGUCUGCCGAAGAAUGAGUGUGCACUAAUGCAUGUGAUGAAUAAUAAAUUAUGUAUCUGCAUAGUGUGAAUACCAGCCUUAUUCCCGUAUUCAUGAAUGACCUUAAAUGUAAGUGAAUGCACUCGCUGCCAUUGUAAUGGUUUAACAUUGCCUUGGCGCAUUCGUUCAUGAAUAUGGAAAUUAAUUUUCUGUAAGACUCGGAUUUUUUAAUCUACAUUUAUUUACAAAAUGUACCUAGUGUUAUUUUAGUUGUAUCAGUACCUAAUAUUUGGAGAGAUCAAGUUACAUGUAAUUAAUAAUUUAAUUAAUGUUUACAGUCCUAAAUAUGUACCUCGAAUACGAAAUUAUCAAUUAGAUACAUUCCCAAUAGUUAAGGAUUGGCCAAAUUCAGUGAACCUUUGCAUGCAACGAGAUAUUUUCGGAACGAAGAAAAAGUGAAGUAAACUCGUAGAUACUCUUCCUACAAACCUCACAUGAUUAGAUAUGUUCCCAUCCGAAUUGAGUUUUUUGUAUCCUUUGACCAGUCCUUUAAUCUUUGUCAAAACUGCAAGAGUUAUUUGCUUUUGCAAUAAUUCGAUUAAGUCAGAUAAAUGCAUUUAAAAUAGGUUUAGAGGUUUUAAAAGUACAAAGACUCGAAGUAUAAAUAUUAUAGUUUCGCAGUUUUGUCUCAAUUAGGGCCCAUUGAAGGAGAUCUGAAGCCAAAAUGUACUUUAAAUUUUAGUUGUGUUACAUUUAACUAGAUAAUGUUGCGUGUGCCUAGUUGUUCUAAUGCCCAAAUACUCAAACGCCUCUCAAUGAUGCAUGGGCGCCGGCUGAACUAUUUCCCAAGGGAGAAUCUGCAUGACCUGCAUCUACUCUGACAGUUUCAAUGUUCAAAGGUUUUAUAAGUGGACCGACUUCAGCGAAGGUCACUCCCGUUCUAUCCAUUAAUCAUCAAUUGGGUGUUACACACGGGGGUUCAAAAAUAUUUUUAUUUCUCUCUUGACAUCUCUUUGCGUCCUAUUGCUGGCGGCCAUGUAACGAUGUUACGUUUUGUUCUGUCACUACAGAAAGUGACCGAGAGUUUGGCUAAAUGGCAACUUAAAAUUGAGUAGCGUUUCAGUGUUCGAGGCGUAAGUGGUGCAUAAUAUAAGACUACUAUUGUAUAGUUGUAAUUCGUUUUAAUGGUUUACUGGUAAUCAGUACCUAUAUACUAAAUAUGUGACGACUGAUGAUGAAAGAGUGAAGGGUUGAAAUUUUUUAGCAAUCGUGCCUUAUCGUGUGGACUAACUACCUAUAUUUUUCUGGAAAUAUUUCUAUUUACGUAAACAAAUUAAACUCUCGAUAGUUACUGUUGUUAUUGAAGAUGUUUUAUUGUAAAUAAAUUGGUAAUAUUUUUCCAAAAAAUUGCACAAUACAUGCAAUGAUUGUAGGUAAUAUGUUACUAACGUAUUUUAUUUAGUUUAAGGACUAUUACUGUGGCUGUGGUCUUCUAGCGUAUGUAGGUAUAUGCUUAAAUUGUGUACCUAAUUAAGAAAUCAUAGUCAUUUAAUUUCGAAUCUUAAAUGUUGAAAAACUACAUAUCAAAUUUUUGUUUGGUCUGCCCAUUUUUGUGGCAAUGGAUUUUAUUUAUUGCAAUCAUGGAUUAUGAUUAGAUAUAUCUAGUUUCGUAAAUAUACAUUUUUGUAUAUAAUGACAAGAAUUUGUUAUGAUGCGAAUACUUAUACACGUACUUAACUAUUCCUUCCAUAUUAUAAAGGACCGAGUACUUCGAAAAGUACAAUGUUGUUUAUAAAUAAAUAAGAAUUUGUGAGAUUUUGUGAUGGUGACUAUGAUUUUUGAGUUGUUUUUUUAUUUAUCGAUGCCACAGUGCCAUAUAGAGUAACAUUAUUUAAGGAAUUAUCAAUAAGAACGCGUAUGGACUAUUGUCUUGCCGUAAAUCAUGACAACGUACAAAUUGUCAAUUGAAAUGUGUCCAUUUAAUAACUGUUUUAGGACAAAUAGUGUGUAGAACCUACACUAUAGUCUUCCUUGGCCCUUUUGAAAUACACGAUAUUUGCCAAAUAAA